CAGACACACAAAGAGACAGAGUAGAGAGGUAGACAGGUACAGGCAGAGCCACAGGAAGGGAAACACAAAAGGGAAACUUGACAAGCAAAGCAGCUGAGAAAUUUAAACAGAGACCAAUAAAUACGGACGUAUAUUUCAAGUUAUGGCCAGGUUAGAUGUCACAGAGGUAUUUCAUGGUAUUUCUUUUCCUGGACACUUGCACACCCAGGAUUCUUUGCAGUUUGCUCUCAAAUUCCCAUUUCAGGACACGGACAUCCUCAUUGUCUCCUAUCCAAAGUCAGGCACCACGUGGAUGCAGGAAAUAGUGACUCUAAUAUCAAGCAGAGGGGACCCACAGUUUUCAAAAACUGUUCCAAACUGGGCUCGGUCUCCCUGGCUGGAGCAGCAUUAUUGUGCUGCGGUACUGGAGGCCUCAUCUGCUACACCUCGAGUAAUCACCACACACCUGCCUUAUCACCUGCUGUGCCAUGCCCUCCAGGGCUCCAAAGCCAAGGUCAUUUAUGUAAGCAGAAACCCAAAAGAUGUGGUGGUUUCUUUUUAUCACUUCCAUAAAAUGGCCAACUUCCUCCCAGAGGCUGGUUCAUUUCAGGAGUUUUUAAAUCGAUUCCUGGGAGGCAAAUUGUCCUUUGGCUCCUGGUUUGACCAUGUUAAAGGCUGGACAAGUCAGUUAGCAACUGUGAGCAAUCUGCUCCACAUCACUUAUGAAGAGAUGUCAUUGGAUCUUCAAGGUGCCAUAAAUAAGGUAAGCUCUUUCCUCCAGUGCUCCCUGGUGGAGGAUGAGCUGAACAACUGUGUGAAACACUGUAGCUUCAACAGCAUGAAAGACAACAACAUGGUCAACUACACCCUCAUUGAUGAAGGAAUAAUAGAUCAUAGCAAGGGGGCCUUCAUGAGGAGAGGUAAGAUUGGUGACUGGACAAACCUUUUCACGGAGGAGCAGAAUCAAUAUUUUGAAAGUGUCUUCAACUCAGAAAUGCAGGGAUGCACUUUAGAGUUUGUGUGGGAAGAGCGAGAUAAAGAGGAGACACGUUAACAAAUCCCACUGAAGACUCACCACAGAACUGUGAAAAGCUUCAUGCCAUCAGAAAUCAUGUUGCAUGCUGUUAGAUGGAUGCCAAGUGAAUUGUUUUCUCUAAGUUGUAGUUUUAAGGAUAUUAUCUGCUUAAAUCAUUGUGAUAUGCAAUUGCAGAGAUACAGUUAAGGGUUGAUACAUUAUGAUAAUGCAUUGCUCAGUACUCAUAAAUUGUCUUUUUGCUGUCUUGCUUCCAUGUAUAUGUCUGUAAAUGUUCCUCUAGUGAUGAUGUAUAUAAGGUUUUGAUAUGAUAAAUGUAUGAAUACAUCUUACAUAAACUGAAUCC